AUGGGCAAUGCGUACAUUUGUGUGACAAAAAGUUGGUGGGACCAGCCGGCCAAGGCUACAGGGGGACUACUUGCUGGGGCAACGACGAGCUUCUCCGAGGACGAGGAGGACCUCCUCAUCAAGUUGCACGCUUUGCUCGGAAACCGCUGGCCCAUCAUCGCCGGGAGGCUGCCUGGGAGGACGGGCGAGGAGGUGGAGGCCCACUGGGGUUCGCCGGCGAUGAGGAGGCGCACGGGCGGCGCCGAUCCCGACGGCCAUCGUGCACUACUGCAGGCUUUGCUAGCCUCCUCACAUGAUCAGCACGGCGAGCAUCUGCAAAGGACCGUGCCAAACCAAGUACGCGACGAGCGCCCCGGCCGUCCUACCGACGACAGUGCAGUGUCGGACGCCGGAAGCAGCAGAGCCUGCGCAUUAUCGGACGCCGACAGCAGGUGCCUCUCUGAACUGAACCUGGAGCUCACCCUCUCUACGCCGUGCAGUGCGUCUACUUGA